AUGAAAGCAUGCAGCGCAAGAACUACAUCUGCAGACUGUAGUUCGUGAUUUCGAUUGAUCUAGGAACAAGAUUUGCGACGUAUAUGUAAAGAAAGAGAAUAAACAAUAUUGCGCUAUUAAAAGAGAAACAAUGCGGCCAAGGACAUCGGUUACCGUAGGUUAUCAUGAACAUCAGUCGGUCAUAUUUUUGUUUCGUGGGUCCAACCAUUACCAUAUCCAUCACCUCGGUACAAGUACAGCAAAGUCGUGUGUUGACUACUUUCGGUUUUUGUCCACCCCCCGUUUCCGGUUUUCAUCUUGAGGUCUUCGGGCCAGCUUGCUUCGGUUGUGGCGGCGUCGAUUCAGCCGACGCUUCGCGCUUGUAAGUAUCCUAUCUAUCCCCGUCGGUGGACACUGUCCUCGAUAUUCGCUACUCGAUGAAAACAGAAUAAACCACGCUCGACAGCACUUCUACCAGUACAGAAGUUUAUUUUCAUCUUUCGAAUUAUCAUUAUAAUGCAGGACUCCAACAACUCAAGAUAUUUUUGUGUUGACUUCAUUUUGUUUUCUGUUUUCAACUUGUUACUACAAUUGCGAUCGAUUUAUUUUUUAUUGUUGAUUUUGAUGUUCAUCCUCGAGCCGACUUUAUGUGCCUUUAGUGUUACAGCGACCGUCGAGGCCACAACCAGUAAUAAUUUGAGACAAGUUCUUCAUCAAUUUCAAACCCGAUAGGAUCAUUGAUUUACCUGCCCGCAUGAUCGGCAAAGCGUCGGCUAUGGUGCGAAGCUUUCUGGAGAUUCACUCCGGUGGUGAUGUCCAACAGAAUGCUCAAGAAAUGAUCCCAGCAAACCAGCACGCAGCUGGACCCGCAGUAGAACAAUUGUCUUCACUAGUACAACAACCAGAACAAGCUGCAGCAGCAACCUUCGCGACUCAUGGUGGAGAGAACCUCGCCAGUGCUGGUGCUGGUGAAGUAGCCCAAGCCGUGGACGACGCGACCUACACCUCCUCAUCCUCCGCACUUCUCCAGGUCCUUCAGAGCGUCACCAGGAAGGACACCCAGUGCGACGCCUGCGUCGUGAUCGCCAUCGUCCUCGGCGUCAUCGGCGUGAUCGCUGUUUCCAUUGUCGUCUACUGUCUCUGCCGGGACUGUCGCGAGGGCCGCGGGUGGUGGCAGCAGUCGGUGGUGUAUCGCGACGGCGAUGAAGAUGAUGGAAGCUUCCAGGUGGAGGAUGAGUACGAGUCUGAUGCGGCCCCUACCGGCGCCCCGAAUGCAUCCAAGUCUCCGGCGGGCUUCGCGCAGCAGUCGUUCCGGGCGCCGGUGCAAGGAGAAUACGAGUACGUCGAAUCGACCGCCCCGCACUUCGGUCUGACGCCACCUCCUGCCGAUCCGGCGAUCGGCACGGCCGUUCUUUCGCAGCAGCAGCAACUUGGUUCCGCGCUGGCGCCCAGUUACUACGGGUCCACGGGGGGAUCCACGGUUGCGGCGUCCAACACACACCCCGCCGGCUCUGACUUGUCCACCGGCGCCAGCUCAGCGAAAACGAAGUCCACGGGAAUCGCCAGCGAUCCAUCCAUACGCGUUGCAAAAGUUGUAUAUGUUGGCCGUAGUAGAAGUGACUGCAUUUAUACGUAUUUCAAUUUGAUGCUCAACAAGUACAAGAGUGUUGCAAUUUCUUGCUGAAAAAACGAGUGGACAUUUGUGGUAGCUGCAGUUACAACUACGAGCACGAUAAGCUUUUGCAAUGGAUAAUCCAGGGUGG